CUGAAGAAACGGAACGAAGCGGACGCAGAUACUUUUCGGGGAAGAGAUACUUCUUCGUAUUCGUGCGUGAUUUCGUCGAGAGAAAUUGCACAAAUUGACGGAAUUGCACACUAAAUAGCGGAAAAUCCGUAGAGUGCCAUCGCAGAUCGAAAAGUGCAAUUAGUGUGCAAGUGAUUGAGUGUGCGAGUGUGUGUGUGUGUAGUGUCACCUCAACAACACCAAAAAAAAAAGAGAGAGAUAACGAAACAAGUGAAAAAUACUGUGAAACGCAAUCUAAAUUAUGCUUAAACUACGGUUUAAGCGAUUUGCCAACUAGCCAAAAGUAACCAGCACACUGAAAAUAGCCAACAGCAGCAAUUCAUACGAGAGACAAAAUAACCCAGUAAAAACCCAGUCCACCAAGGACUGUCUUGCCCACAUAGAGCUUCCAAUGGGUCAUCACCUCAGCAAGCCCACUGUACGCGCCAAUAGCCAGGAUAAGAGCGAUCUGCCCAUCAGUUCGAGCCCGAGGGAAUCCGUAGCACUAGUGGAGGCAAUUGGACUGGACGAGGAGGAGUUGCAGGUGGAAGAGAUCCUCACGGAGGCCACGUCCGCCACAUCGGCGGCGGAAGUGCGUCAGAUCAUAAUUAAAAUUCAGUUGGCCAAAAUGGAGAACGGCAAUGUGGCCGGCAGUGGUGGUCAGGUGGAUGGCUAUAACCAGGUGGAGGAGGAGGAGCAGGGGCUGGAAGUCGCCGCGUUGUCUGCGGACACGCUAAAUGCAAAUGGCCAGAUUGUAAAUGUGACGCUCGAGGGCGGCCAUGGGGAAGUGGGCGUGGUGACAAAUCGAGCUGCUGGCAGUUCAACGGAAGCACCAAAAAUCGCAGAAAGACAGCCCGUGAAUAACAACAAUUUAGCGGGAAGCGUCGGCGCUGCGAUAAGUACGUUACAAUUGCACGACGGCAACAGCAACAGCAACAGCCACAGCAGCAACAUCAGGCCCAGCAGCAACACCAACUACCCCGUGGACGAAGACGACGACGACGACGACUACGAUUUGGAUGAGUCGCUGCUGCGUCGGCGUCGGAGCAACAGCAACAGCAAUAGCAACCACAGCCAAAACCACGAGCCCGAAGUCGUCGAGUAUUGCGAAGUGCUCGAGUCGCUGCCAGUCAGCAAUAUGUUGUCGGCGGGAACGCAACACAGCAGCAAGCAAGUUUCCAGAAGCAAUAAUAGCAACAGUUGCUGCCGCAGUCGCAGCAGUAAGGCAUUGUCCAUGGGCGCAGCAACAUCCUCGUCCGCGGCAUCAGCAUCCGCAUCCUCGAAGCGGCGAUGCUGCAAAUGCAAGUGCCGCGACGCCUUCCGAGGAUUAAGGGACAUGCUGCCCACAUCCAGCAGCAGUGUGGCGAGCAAUAAAAAGGAUUCCGGAGUGGUGGCGUCGGCGGUGCCGAGGAAAUCACGGACCGCCGAUCGCCGGUCCACACCGCCCACUUUGGGUUCGUCCAGUGGGAGUGCCCAUCGGAUGCAGAGUCAAAGGAAGCGGAAUUCGGUGGCCGUUCCGGAUGCGAGUCAUCAUCAUCACCAGGUGAUCAUCAGGAUAACGUCGCCGCGUUUUGUGGUCGAGUCGCCCAAUGGACGGGUCACUGUGGUCACCGAACCAGCCCCCCAACCUCCCCAGACUCCGCCCCAGCCACGCCCCCAAUCGCAACCAGCCCCCGGAAUACCAGGAAUCGCCGGACGCAAGGGCGCGACCGUGCAUUCGCAAAUCGAUUUCAUGCACUGCCUGGUGCCAGAUCUGGAGAGGAUCACGAAUAGCAGCUUCUAUUGGGGCAAGAUGGAUCGCUACGAGGCGGAGCACCUGCUCGAGGGCAAGCCGGAGGGCACGUUCCUGCUACGCGACUCCGCCCAGGAGGAGUUCCUCUUCUCGGUCACAUUCCGCAAGUACGGCAGAUCACUCCACGCCCGCAUCGAACAGAGCGGUCACAAGUUCAGCUUCGACUGUCACGAUUCGAGUGUGUUUACGGCGCCCACGGUGACAGGACUUUUGGAGCACUACAAGGACCCCGCCUGCGUGAUGUUCUUCGAGCCCUGCCUCACGAUGCCCCUGCACCGGAGGCAGACCUUCUCCCUGCAGCAGUUGGCCCGGGCCACCAUUGUGUCCAAGACCAGCUACGAUGGGAUCAACCAGCUGGAACUGCCCGGCCGGCUGAAGAGCUACCUCAAGGAGUACCACUACAAGCAGAAGCUGCGCGUGAAGCCCAUCGAUCAGAAUACGCCGGUGCCGGCGUACUAUGGCGAUCUAUAGCGGGAGGAGCAGCAGGUGGGCUUCACCUAUUACGAGGAUGUGGACAGUGGCAGCGAGGAGGACGAGGACGACGAGGGGGUCAACAUACGGGUGUCCUAUGUGCAGCACGCCGAGGUGGUGGCCCAACUGCAGCAGGUGUCUACAACUACCACCACGGCGGCGCCCCUGAGCCGAUCCUCCAAUCUUCAGGAGCAACUCAGCCGGCUGCCCAAUCGCAUGGCCGCCGCCUUUGGCCGGAUGUCGGCCAAUCUGAAUUGCUACCAGACGGUCUCCACUCCGGAGCGCCGCUCCUCCUGAUCGGCGAGAAGUAGAAGAAGUAGUCGGAGGAACCACCCCAGAAACCAAAACUCAACCUGAGACAAUCCCAGUGCAGCGUGUGUGUGCCGCCACCAUAAAGUUAGAGAUCAAACGGAAACCAUAAGCUAUAAAGCCCCAAAACAAAAAAAAUUCGCUCACUUGCUACAAGACUGUCAUAAAUCGAAAAACCAUCUCUCCA